AUGGCACACUUUCGCGAUCUUCCAGCUCCGGGCGACAUCCCGGAGAAGCCCGUGGAGCGAGCUCAUCGAGUUGCUGCAACGGUGAGCGAGAAAUUGCUGAACGAUCACUCUCGUCUCUACCCAGGACUUCAAGAUAUCCGAGAGCUGUCUAUCGGUAAUUACUUUUAUGAGAACAAUCUUGCUACGCUCCAUCCUGAACCUGAGGAUAAGGAAAUGUUCAUUCGCCAGCAAGUUUACAACUAUGAAUAUGAACCUUCUAUGAACGAUUUGUAUAGCUGGCCGGAGAAGGAUGCUCGCCAUGGUUUCCCAGUUCCUGUGCUUCCCCGGGAAAUGUUUAUUCGUCAGCAGAUCUAUGAUUAUGAAUAUGAACCUUCGAUAACUGAUGUGUACGACUGGCCAGAGAAGGAUGCUCACCUUGGAUACCCGGUGCCGGAACUUCCUCGGAUGUCCGAUGACGAAUGA